AUGAAGUAUUUCAUUGAAAUAUUUCUCUAUAUCAUUUUGUUAUUUAAUAAAUCUCAACAAAAUGAUGAAAAUAUUUUGUUAACAAAUGAUCUGACAAAUAUUGACAAUGCACCUCACACUAUUUUAACAUCAAAUAAUCGACUCAAACGUGAGAAAUCUAGAUUGCUUUCAUCAAUAACUUAUCCAACUAGCAUUUCUGAAGAAUGUGAUCAAGAUGUUCAUGAUAAACUUUCUCAUUGUGCAACUCUAAAUAAUUGCAAAGAAUUAGCGUCUUGUGUGGCACCUAUUCAUUGUCCAGUAGCUAAUAAAUCUUAUGGAAGUUUAAUAAUUAAUUUACUUCAUUUACUUGGUGUGAAUAACUGUAAUGAUGCUGUUGAUUCUAAAUCUUCAUGUUCGAGUGGUGGACGAAGUAUUAUUUUCCAAGAUUUAUUUACACAUUGGGGUUAUAGUCAAUUUAAUGAUUUCGAUGAUUACGAAGAAAGUAGUGAGAAAAUUGAUAGUUAUUGCCAUACAAUACCAAAGUUUAUUGAUGAAGUGAAAGAAAAAAUUAAACAUCAAUGUCCAAUCUAUUCUAGACAAGUUGAAGCAUUUCUUGAGCAUUAUUUAUGUUCAAACACACAUCAUCAAGUUUCAUUAACAAGUACAUCAGCAACCAACAAUGUAUUCAACGAACCGUUUGAUCGAACAAAAUUACGAAAUUUUUCUUCAAUAUCAUCAAGAAUACUUUAUUCUGAUGAAGAAGAAAAGGAUGAUUUCAGUUUUAUUACAUCAAUUGCAAGUCUAUCGAAUACUACAGAACAAACUAUUUAUAUCAAUGAUCAUCCGUAUUAUAAUGUUUCGUAUAUUGUUCCAAAAUCUGAAAGCAUUCCAUCGUUUUAUGUUCAAGAGGAUAGACAAUUUAUUCGUAUGAAAGCACUUCAUCAUCCAGUUGGAACGAGUUCUGACAUCAACUUAGGUUUUAAUUUUUCAUUCUAUGGCCGCAGUAUUAAUAGAAUAUUAGUGAAAACUGACGGUUUCAUUUUUAUGGGUGAUUUAUCACAUGGGACAAUUGUUCGUAGUUCACAAUAUAUUGCACCAUUAAUGGCAAAGUUCGAUCUAUCCAUUGGCGAUAAUCGAUCUGAAGUAAUGUAUUUUGGUAAUAGCACACAUUUUAUUUGUACAUGGAAGAAUCUUUAUUUAAAAAAUCAAAAACAUAUUGGUGCUUUUACAUUUCAAGCAAUUUUACAAAAUACUGGAAAUAUUUAUAUUAACUACAUAAACAUUCCAUCAAUGACAUUAUGGAAUUUAAAUUCCAGUACUAAUAUUGGACUCUCAGACGCAUAUGUAUCUGAAGAUUCAAUAAGACAACAUAAAAAUGGCCCUCCUGUUGUAGUACUUUAUGAUAAACUUAAUUUAGAUAAAGAAAAAAUAAAAAGUGGUGUUACGGUUAUUUUAACUAUGUAUAGUAUGUGCAAUACUUUUACUGAUUGUCGUUCAUGUUUGGUAAAUCGUGGUAAACGGUAUAAUUGUUCAUGGUGUGACAAUCCUCAGCAAUGUUCCGAUGGCAAUGAUCGUUCACAUUAUACAUGGAUACAAGCUCGAUGUUAUAAUUUUGCUUCCGAAGACACAUGUUUUAAUAGUUUCAACCGUAGAUUCAAUCCAAAUGGCUUUCAAUUAUCAUCAUCAAAUGUUAAUCCAAAUAAAAUUCCACCAAAUGUAUCAGUUAGACAACAAUCAGCAUUAUAUACGUUGCGUACAGUUGUUAUUACACUCUUGAUAACAGUUUUGGUUCUUUCUCUAACUGUUAUUGUUAGUACUUAUACUUAUGCUUAUCGUCAUCCAACAUCACCGCCUGGCAUGUGGUUAUUAGAACAUCGUCCAUCAAAUUAUAUUGCUCGAUUUAAAAAUUUUUCUGGUGCAACUAAUAGUUCAUGUUAA